GUUCCUCCACCGCUACUCUCUCCUUCCUUUCUCCAUCCUCCAUUCUCCCUGCAUGCAUCGCUACCUCGACUCGGUUGUUUGUUCGAUAUAACAACAAGCGUGGACCACUUCGGUCAAAGGACGUGACGCCCCUUUUGCUCCGUUGUUCGGUUACGCUCUACUCUCGGCCUCGCCUCCGUGUGUGUUGCCUUCAACAAGACAAAGCUUGCCUUGUGUGUCUAGAACCGCAGACUCGACAGCUACCUUUUUGUUCACCCGCAAGCACGUUCUCGUGACGCUCGACAAUCAGCUACUAGCUCGGCCGCACCGCCCGAAGCCACCCGUCACGUCAAUCAACAAACCACCAGACGACGUAGCGACACAUUUAUUUCCCUGAACUUCUUCGACCCUUAUCUAUCGCUUUCUUUUGUCUUGUCAUUUGUCAUUCAACCAUCGUCUUUCAUCAUCACCUCGCUGCCUCGAGAGCCAAUUCCCUGUUGGCUUUUCUCCACUCAGUUCAACGGCCGAACACGGAGGUUGAGGAGUCAUCUCUUCACCCAUCCUGUUCUCUCGACCACACGACCACCUCCGGAUGUCAAGUACAAAGAUCAACAACCAGGUGCUGCAAUAGCCUUCGACCGGUUUUCUCGAGACCUGUUUGGAAUUGAGAGACUGCAAUUGCCCACCUGGCUGUGCUCGUGUCCUGAUAAAUACUCUACCUCCUCCUUCCUCUGGCCGCUCCAACAACAGGCCACUCCACGGUUUUCCUGCUCGCUCCUAACAGGGUUGUUGCUCGACUAUCGCCCCUCUUUCUCCACGCCUCGCCUCACUCCGAGUCAUCUAGUCGACCUACGCCCUCUGCCUGUCAAUAUACGCAGACAAGCACCAGCGUGUCACCACCCCCAACCACCUGGGUCCUCGUUCGGCUGACACGGAGCUUCGCCCAUCGUCGUCUCCGACAUCUCGCAACGCUACCCUACACACCUCGAUAUACAAACAACGUCACUCUUUUCGACUAUUUCUCUUUCGAUGCUCCUUUAGCGACACUAACUCCCUCAGGACCCUAGGUCCGAUACCUUGACGACCUCAAUACUGCAAUACUUGAUCUACUCCUUUUUUUUUCCUUUGUUUAACCAGCCGAUACAUCUUUUAUCUAUGAGCCUCUGAACGUUGACGACUUCGAUUUUCGUUUUGUUUUCCUGCUUCGCUCGUCUGCGAUACUUUACGACUGUACAUCUCUACUCAUCUCAAACUUCGCAUCCGCCUCUUCUCUCGAAACCGUCGUUUCUUGAUCAUUCAACCAGACAGAAUCGACAGUUCACCACUUCGUUCGUUCUUGACUGUACACUCCGAUAAACCGCCUCUUCCUGCUCGAACCAGCAACCAACAUAGACUGGAGCCACGGACCCGGGAAAAAGCUCUGCAAUUGUAUCAUCAAACGACCUACGAUAAUCCGCCUAUUUUCACAUCUAAUCUUCACGAUACCCCUUUCUACUUUCAGCGUAGAUCAGCCAUGGAAUGCCUGCGAGACAGGUUCGACACCGGUGUCGUCCUUGAGGGACGAUAUCAGACCAUCUCUCCUCUCAACCAUGGGUCCUUCGGCCUGGUAUUCAUGGCCAGGGAUCUCAAGACAGACGAGACCGUUGCCAUCAAGUGCUUGACCAAGAAGGCUGCAGCAGACGAGUAUGGCUUUGAUCUCGCCAUCGAUGACAAGUCAGAAGAGCGCAUGUUGCAUGCUCGUCUGGGCAGCCAUCCUAACAUUGUCAACCUCAUCGACAGCUUUGAGACCGAGGCACACCUCUACCUUGUCUUGGAAUUCUGCGGCCGUGGUGACCUCUACGAGGCCAUUCGUCACGGCUACGGGCCCUUGGAGACGGAGCACGUUCGGAACUUCAUGCUCGAGCUUGUCGACGCAGUGGACUACAUGCACUCUAAGGGUGUGUACCAUCGGGACAUCAAGCCGGAGAACAUCUUCCUCACCGAGUCUGGCUCGAUGAAGUUGGGUGAUUUUGGUCUUGCAACCACUGAGCGGUGGACUUAUGAGGCCACCGUUGGCAGUGAUCGUUACAUGUCUCCCGAGCAGUAUGACUCUGCUGGUGCUGGGUACUCGCCUGCCCAGGCUGACAUCUGGGCCAUUGGAAUCUGUCUGCUCAACAUCCUCUUUUCCCGCAACCCCUUCACCACCCCCACCGAGUCUGAUCCCCUCUUCCUUGAUUUCUCCCGGGAUAAGCAGUCGCUCUUCGAUGUCUUCCCGUCCAUGUCUCAGGACACGUACGAGGUCAUCGUAGAGUGCAUGAACAUGGACCCCAACAAGCGCUCGCUUGUUGGUGCUCGCCGUGCUCUCCGCCGUGUCGUCAGCUUCACCACCUUGGACGAGCAAUUGGAUGACUUCUGCUCGACUGACCGCAUGACCGUUGCAACCGCCAACCGCGAGCCUCUCCGCACUCCGUCUGUCCAGAGCCCACAAGUCGACAACGGUUCCUUCCCCUGGACCAAGGCUCUGCACACCACUGCACCGCAUGGUCUGCGGCAAUUGAGCAUGAUUCCAGACAACGAGAGCUAUACCGAGGACCUCUUCUCCAAGUCACAAGCAACGACUGCCGAUUGGCUCUCAGCGCAUGGACAGACGCCCUCAUCGCUCGACUCCAUCAUCAACUCAAGCCUGGGUGCUUCGAUCAACUCGAUGGCCCUGGACCGCACGCAAAAGUUUCAUUCAGGUGCCAAUGUCUCUCCCAUGGCUGGCUCUCUUCCCAUCAACAUGUCGAAGCCUAAGGUCCAGUCCUCAAUCUCGUUGGCCUUUGGACGCAAGGAAGGGUUCUCUAAGAGCUGGAGUGACAUGUGGGAGGAGGAUGAAGAAGAGGAAGAGAACGAACGUGCCCGCCUGCAGAACCUCCAAGAGCUCAACUCAAGGACUUGGAGUCACGACAGUAAGAUCAUUGAGGAGGAUGAUGAGGACACUCCCAGGAGGGGCCUCUCCCCUGUCACCAAGGCCACUCCAAUGUGUUCUGCUGAGAAGGUACCGUCGAUUGAGCACACCAUCGCCAAUAGCAUCGAUGAUGACCUCAUCGCGGACGGUUUCUUUUUCCAGGAUACCAAGGUUCAAUCCACUCCUCAAAAGCCGAAAUGGCAACCCGAAUCAGCACCUCACCAUCAUUCUCGCUACUCGCCUCCCACCAAGCGCAGCCCAAUGGACAGUGACAAAUGGGCGGUGCUUGGCGAAAGACGUCGGGCUCACUCGUCAACCAAGAAGCCCGAUGUUGGGUUGAAAACGAUUCGUAAUCACCAGCAGACGGCCCCUGGUUUCUCUACGUUGGGACAUGAAGUUUGGGACCACUAUAAUUUUGGCCAGCAUCAGCACAAUCAGUCGACCCCUCAGAAAUCGACAGCUCAUCUCCAAAUGAGCAACAUGGCAUUCAACCACCAUGCGCAGCACUUUGGAGCGAGCAAGUGGAAUUUUGGCAAGGACCGUGCCAAAGAGUGCCCCAUGAAAAAGGGCAUGGACUCGAACUGGCGCCGUGACCGGCGUACAGGUUUCGAUGUCGAGUGGGUUGGUGGCUGGUAACCGACAGAUAUUCUCUGUCCACCAGCACCAAUGGUAGUUGGGCUAUCAUAUUUCUCUUUUCAUUCCAAAAAAAGGACGUUGGAAAAUGACGCUGCUGGCUUUAGGGAGUACACCGUUCUAGUGGGACAAAUGUGCUUCUUUCCCCAUACUUAUUUGUUAAAACUGUCCAAACUCAUACCCCAAAUCUCUACUCUACUUUACCUCUCUCUUUCGUCUGUUGGUUUUAGCCAGUCAAACGGCAGAAACCAUACAGGUACAAAAAACCCACACGACGGAAUUUUCUUCUUGGAUUUAUAUUGCGAAGGGCAAUGUCGAGGGAUCGGAAUUCUUGGAAUUGUCUCCCCAAUUGCAACGGAAGCCAGCAGCAGCACGUCUUGAUUUCACGGGGGUUUUUUUUUCUUUCUCUUGUUCUUCUGACGAGAUUAUGAGCAUAGCCCAGCUCGCUUCAUGUGUAUUAGAUACUACCCUGACUUAGAAAGUGUCAACAAAUACCAGAAGUUACCCACUCAAA